AUGGUUUGUAAUCUAGCUCGCUGCUUCAAACGUUUAAUUGUUAUAAUUUUAUUAACUUUUGCUUCUGUUGAAAUCUACCUUCUCAUACGAGAAAAGGAAACAGUAAUAGAAUCUUCAUCUUUAUUAAUAAAAACUGAAUUCGAACAUAUAUCAUACAAUCUCGAACCAUUUACCAUUCCUCUGCCUCAUUUCGUGGAUGAUCAAGCCCGUGAUUGGUUUCUGAAUUCUACUUAUUAUGCAAUGUAUUCGAAUCAAUGUCCGAAAAAUGAUUGUCAAGCACAUGGUUUUCUCUUUGAUGCUCUUGACGAACACCGUAGUGUGCAUAUCGAUUUCGUUAAAAAUGGUGUGUAUGCGAACGAUGAUUGUGGUUUUCGGUACGGUGAUACUGCUGUCUUACGGACUUUUAAUGCAACUAAUCAUGUAGACGUUCUUUAUGAUGCAGCAUUUAUUUAUACAGUACCUGAUGGCUGGAGUUUCCAACAUUUUCUCGAUGGAGUCGGACCGAAACUAUCUCAUUCCUAUGUCUAUUUAUAUAAAUAUCGUGAUGCAAAAGUACUGAUACAGAAAGGUAUUCGAUUCGAUCGAUCAGUGAAAGAAAUUUGGGAAAUGCUCGGUGUAAAAGAAUCGAAUCGAUUGAUACAUUAUAAGGCUGAUACAAAGGUUGGUGCUCGACUUCUGAUAAAUCCUUGUCGAACACCAGCAACUCAUCCUCGACUUUGGCAAGACGCUCGUCACAUGUAUUGGUCACUCAUUAAUCUAUCAGAAUUGAAUGUUAUAUCUUCUAAAAAAAAUCUUAUUUUCUUACAAAGAACAGCUAGCAACGCAAUGAAUAAAGGUCGUCUUAUAUUAAACGAAAAAUUAUUGAUUGAUAGUCUUGUUGAAUAUGCAUCAAAACAUUCUUUGAAUUACAUACAAUAUGAUCAUUCGAAAGAUCAUCGUCAUAUCCGACAUCAAAUAGAAUUGUUUUAUCACGCAAAGAUCAUUAUCGGUGUGCAUGGUGGUGCUCAGUCCAAUAUGAAUUUCGCUCCAUCAGGAACGACAGUUAUUGAAGUGAUGCCCUAUCGAUCACAGGCAAUGAACAAUUUAACAAAUAUGUUAGAAUAUAUAUUUAGAUGUAAACGGUUCCAGAUAUUUGGAACUGAACCUGUCCCAUCACUGCCAGGUAAUGACAGUGUUAUUUUGAAAUUUCCUGUUGCUGUUAAAUUGGGUUCAUACUUUAAUCUCUACCCUGCGGACAAUAAUAAUAAUGGAAUUCAAUUAUAUUGUCGAUAUCCAAUAAUGAAUGCCACUGCUAGAACUAUUGCCAACAAGGGGGUAGUUGAUUCAUCGGCAACAACUUUACGGUAUCCUACUGGAUUAGCACUUGAUGAAGAACUCAACUUGUAUAUAUCUGAUACAAGUAAUCGUCGAGUACAACUAUUUCAACGUCUCCAUUAA